CACAGGCAUGGCUGCUCAUCUCAUCAUUCUUCUUCUCUUCAGUGUGCUCAAAGGAGUUCACAGCAUAACUACAGUCAGUAAAGUAUCAGUGAAAGCUGGACAAUCUAUCUCCAUCCCAUGUCUCUAUGAGUCCCAAUACAAAAACCAUGUGAAGUACUUGUGUGAAGGAUAUUAUUGGAGGAACUGCAACGAUGCAGUAAAAACAAACAAACCAGACGCUUUAGGAAAAUAUUUAAUCUCUGAUGACAAAAAACUGAACAUUUUCACUGUGACUAUAAACCAGCUGACAUAUGAAAACACUGAUUACUGGUGUGUGGUGGAGAUUAAUAACGGACCGGAUGAUGGACAGUAUUUUCAGCUGUCAGUUUCCAGUGGUACCCCCAGUCUCUAUGUGGAUCAUCAGAGGAUUACAGGAUAUAUUGGAGAAAGCAUAACUAUUAGAUGUCACCACAGUAACUCUGGAGAAAUUAAGUGGUGCAGGCUGGGCAGGAACUGUGUGACAGGAUCAUCUGGAUCCAUAGAUGGAACAACAGUGACCGCUCACAUGAGAGACCCAAAUGUUUUCACAGUGACCAUGAGUGGACUAAAGUCAGAGGACAGUGGCUGGUAUUGGUGUGCUAAAGGGGACAUUCAGAUACCAGUAUAUUUAAAACUGAUCACUACCACUACCCCUACUACUAGUACUACUACUAGUACUAUCUCUACUACUAUUCAUACUGUUGCUAAAAAUGGAACAAUGGAACAAGGGAAAAAUUCUACAGUAGGAGAAAAUAAACAACACAGAGCUUCAUUUGACCCAAGGAUCCUCAUCAUCCCUCUGAGUGUGUUGAUCUGGAUUGUAAUUGUUGUGUUGUUCAUCUGGUUUAUACUGAGACACAAGCAGAGGAAAGCAGACUCAUCAGUCACACCAGUGUUAAGUUAUGCUGAUCUACUUCCUUGUGGGUGUGGUACACAGUACUGAAAGAAUAGGCUGAAGAGGAAAUAAUAUACUCUGAUGUUAGACCCAAGAAAAGAAGUUUAGCCAAGGUGGACAAGGAAGUAACAUACUCUGAAGUUAGACUCAACGAAAAAAGGAAGAGCUCAUUUGCUGAAAGUGAAACGGAAAUCUUGUACAGUUCUGUUGUUAGGAAACAACGCAUGAAAAGGGGUGACGGAAAAGACACAGGAGUUACAUUAGAGCACAUUAGCUAGAAUUUAAAAGAUUAAAUAUUCAAACAUUUGCAAUUUUA